AGUGCAAUGAAGAUUCUUUUGGCCAAACUACCCAGACCUUGGAUAGUGGACGAGAAAAAAGACGACGGCUACACCGCCCUGCACUUGGCUGCCCUCAAUAACCACGUCGAAGUUGCCGAGCAGCUCGUAUUGAAUGGCAAAGCUAACAUGGAUCUGCAGAACGUCAAUCUGCAAACUGCCCUACAUCUUGCUGUCGAACGGCAGCACACACAGAUUGUUAGAUUGUUAGUCAGAGAGGGCGCAAACCUCAAUAUCGCCGACAAAGAUGGCGACACGCCGCUACACGAAGCUCUGCGCCACCACACGCUGUCGCAGCUGCGUCAGCUGCAAGACGUGCAGGACGUGGGGAAACUGCUGAUGGGCCUCGGCACCCAGGGUUCCGACAAGAAAUCCUCGGCUAGCAUCGCCUGCUUCCUAGCUGGCAAUGGCGCUGACCUCACCAUCAAGAACAAGAAGGGCCAAACGCCGCUGGACCUCUGUCCCGAUCCGAACCUCUGCAAGACCCUCGCCAAAUGCCACAAGGACAAGCAGAGCGGCGAGAUGGACAUGGGCCCGCACCAGAACACUCGAGAGGAGGAGGAUGAGGGAGAGGGGGAGGACGUAGGGGGCGGAGGCACGCUGGAGGAGUGCCUGGUGUGCUCGGACGCCAAGAGGGAGGCGCUGUUCCAGCCGUGCGGGCAUGUGGCUUGCUGCACGGGAUGCGCGCCUCGCGUCAAGAAGUGCCUGAUUUGCAGGGAGUCGGUGGUCAGCAGAGUCAAGAUCGAAGAAUGCCUGGUAUGUUCCGACAAGAAAGCCUCCGUCCUGUUCAAACCGUGCGGCCACAUGUGCGCAUGCGAAUGCUGCUCUCAGCUGAUGAAGAAGUGCGUUACUUGCCGCUCCCAGAUCGAGCGUAUGGUGCCCAUGGGCGUGUGCUCGGGAGGGGCAGGCACCGUCUGCGAGGUGGAGGCAGACGUGGCGGAGGAGGAGGAGACGAAACCGUCGACCAGCGAGGCGGGGGCGGGGCUGCAGGGGCAGCUGCUGAACAACGGCGGCAGGGAUACGACGAGUUCGAGCGAUAUUCAGAAGUUGCAGCAGCAGCUGCAGGAUAUCAAAGAACAGACCAUGUGUCCUGUCUGCUUGGACAGACUGAAGAACAUGAUCUUCCUCUGCGGACACGGCCUCUGUCAAAUGUGCGGCGACCAAAUGAGCGAGUGUCCCAUCUGUCGAAAGGCCGUC